UGAAAUGCUAGCUUAUCUACCUGAUAUCAAUAUUAACUUCCAUAUCUCUCUGUCUCUCUCUCAAAAUGGCUCUUCAUCUCUCUCCAAACCUCUGCUUGUUCUCCACCAUCACCAUAAUCUUCAUCUUAGUCCAAGUCCCAACAUGUGUGUCAACCAUCGAUGCGAAAUAUGAAAAUUGUAGCGCCCCUUUUCGCUGUGCAAACUUGGAGAAUCUCGAAUACCCUUUUUGGGGAGUGGGUAGGCGAGAGUUUUGUGGGCACCCGGUUUAUGAGUUGAACUGCCAAGGCGAGGUUGCAGAGAUCACUAUCAGGGCGAAAAACUACGGAGUAAUCUACAGAGUGCUGGAAGUAAAUAACGUUUCUUGGACUCUCACAGUUGCUAUAGAAGAUUACUGGGAUAACAUUUGUCCCACAAGCCCUGUCACUGGUACUAUUGAUCCCAGGUUCUUUAAUUAUACCUCCGAUACAGAAAAUGUAACGCUGUAUUAUGGUUGUCCUCCUCUUGGAGAUGACAUCUCCGUGCUGCUUCCCUUAAAGUUUAAUUGCAGCCCUGAAGAGACAGACACCAAUAAUUACUAUUUCAUAUGGGGCGACGAUGCUGCGAAUAGUAUGUUAACAGGUGACGUGAUAGCAGCCAUUAGCAUUUACUUCGGAGGUUGUGCCAGAAACGUUACUAUUCCGGGGAGAUUGUCAGUAUUUCCAUUCUUAAAUUAUACAGCUGCGGCAAAUGUGAGUGAAGCUCUUAGAGAGGGCUUUGAUUUGCAAUGGGACGCAAAUAAUAGCUUAUGUGACAAAUGUAAAAACUCAGGUGGACUGUGUGGAUAUGACCCUGAUACUGAUGAAUUCAUUUGUUAUUGUCGUGAUAAGCCUUAUCCCUUGACUUGUUCCUCAAAAGCAGAUGGAAAGGCAGAGAAAACAAAUUCCAGAAAAGCAGGUGAAGUUCAUGAUAUAGUCAUUGGUGCAUUAGUAGCAAGUGGAGCUGUUGCUAUAUUUCUGGUAUGCUGUUGUAUAUACAUCGUUCUGCGGAGGAGGAAAAAUGUAGCCCAGUACAAAAGAAGAGACGUGCAAACUCUUGCUUCAGGCACAAGCUCAACUAGCACAACGAGUUUUUCCAAAAGCAUCUCUUCUCACCCCUACACAAAAUCUGACCUUGAAAAAGGCAGCACCUACUUUGGAGCUCAGGUCUUUACCUAUGCUGAACUUGAACAGGCUACUGACAAUUUCGACUCAUCGAAGGAGCUUGGAGAUGGGGGCUUCGGAACUGUUUAUUAUGGUGAACUCAAAGAUGGGCGCUCAGUUGCUGUAAAGCGCUUGUAUGAGAACACUGUCAGAAGGGUCGAGCAGUUCAAGAAUGAAAUUGAGAUUCUGACUCGCUUGCGACACCCGAAUCUUGUGGCACUCUACGGAUGCACAUCCCGACACAGCCGGGAACUUCUCCUGGUUUAUGAGUAUAUUCCCAAUGGAACAGUUGCUGAUCAUCUCCAUGGAAGUCGAGCAAACUCCGGUUUGCUAACUUGGCCUAUUCGAUUAAACAUUGCCAUAGAAACAGCCAAGGCACUGGCAUUCCUUCAUGUCUCGGAUGUCAUACACCGUGAUGUCAAAACCAACAACAUUCUUCUGGAUGACAACUUCCACGUAAAAGUAGCAGACUUUGGACUGUCAAGAUUUUUCCCAGAUAAUGUUACUCAUGUGUCAACUGCUCCCCAGGGAACACCAGGCUAUGUCGAUCCUGAGUAUUAUCAAUGCUACCAACUCACAGAAAAGAGCGACGUUUACAGCUUCGGAGUGGUUUUAAUGGAGCUUAUAUCAUCCUUAGAAGCUGUGGACACCAACAGGCACAGACAUGAUAUAAAUUUAUCCAACAUGGCAGUCAGCAGAAUCCAGAAUCAUGCAUUGCAGGAACUUGUCGAUCCAUCCCUUGGAUUCGAAAACAAUUAUACUGUAAGAAACAUGAUAACAUCAGCGGCGGAAUUGGCUUUCAGGUGUUUGCAGCAAGACAGAGAAGUGAGGCCUUCAAUGCAAGAAAUUCUGCAGGUUUUGAAAGAGAUUCAGAAUCAACAAUUCGGUACCCAGAAAGCAGAAGAAGUAGAUUUUUACAGUACCGAUGAUUCGGUGCUGCUGAGGAUUUCUCCUCCGCCCCUUUCAUCACCGGACUCCGGUGGCAAUGAUAAGUGGAUGAAGAUAAGAACACUAUAAGCAAAGUUUUGCGGAGGAGAUCGGUGUUUCAAGAAUCAAGUAAAUUUCUCAAAGGGUUUUUCCAAUAUUUUUUUUUUUAAUAAAUAUUUCAUAUUUAAUAAUUGUACUGUAGAAAAGAACAAAUCUUGACUUGUGUUUGGCUGCAGUAAUUACAAUGAAGUCAACAACUUUGAAUCAA